ACCCCGACCUCGGCAGGCGUCGGCCAAACCCACUGCGCACGCGCACACUGGGCCUUAGGGAACGGGUAGCAACAAGGCCACGCGGAGCCGCGGAGACCAGUCAGCGGCCGGGGGCGGGGCUUCCGCACGCCGGGACGCGGCGGGUGACUUCCGGCAAUAAUCCUGGACGCGGCUGCCGCGUCAGCUCCAGGAGAAAUAUGCCGUUUUUGGGUCAGGACUGGAGGUCUCCUGGAUGGAUUUGGAUUAAAACAGAAGAUGGAUGGAAAAGGUGUGACUCCUAUAGUCAGAAACUUGAAAAAGAGAGUAACCAGUGUGGCCUCAGUCACAACAUUAUCCUGAAUAGUGAAAAUGAGGAAGUUUUCAGUAAUGAAGAGCAUGAGUGUGCAUCCAAGAAAAGGAAAAAGGACCAUUUUAGAAAUGAUGCAAAUUCCCAAGGUUUCUAUCGUGAAAAAUGGAUCUAUGUCCAUAAAGAGAGCACAAAAGAAAGGCAUGGCUACUGCACCCUGGGAGAAGCCUUCAACCGGCUGGAUUUCUCAAGUGCCAUUCAGGACACGCGAAGGUUCAACUAUGUGGUCAAGCUGCUGGAGCUCAUUGCAAAGUCCCAGCUGACAUCCCUGAGUGGAGUAGCACAGAAGAACUACUUCAGCAUUCUGGAUAAAAUUGUUCAGAAGGUUCUCAGGGACCACCACAAUCCCCGCCUUGUCAAGAACCUGCUGCAGGCUCUAAGCUCCACACUGUGCAUGCUCCUCAGAGGGGUUGGCAAGUCCGUCCUUGUGGGCAACAUCAACAUCUGGGUCUGCCGCCUGGAGACCAUCCUUGCCUGGCAGCAGCAACUACAAGACCUGCAGAUGACACAGCAAGUGGACACAGGACUCACGCUCGUUGACCUUCCUCUGCACAUGCUGAGCAACAUCUUGUACCGCUUCUCGGAUGGCUGGGACAUCGUGACGCUGGGCCAGGUGACCCCCACACUGCACGUGCUCAGUGAGGACAGGCAGCUGUGGAAGAAGCUGUGCUUGUACCACUUUGCUGAGAAGCAGUUUUGCAGACACCUGAUCCUGUCAGAGAAGGGCCAUGUUGAGUGGAAGCUGACAUACUUUGCACUCGAGAAGCACUACCCAACCAGGGAGCAGUAUGGAGACACCCUGCACUUCUGCCGGCACUGCAGCAUCCUAUUCUGGAAGGUACUGCAGUUAGAACUGGGGGUCUGGGUGGGUACCCUGCUUCCGCCCUGGUCUGUGAGCUCCCUGUUGACUGGGGGGGAGCAGUGGGCAUCCCUGCUCUCACCCUGGUCUGUAAGUUCCCUGUGUGCUGAGGGGUGUGGUGGGUGCCCUGCUCCUGCCCUGGUCUGUGAGCUCCCUGUUUGCUGAGGGGAGGAGUGGGUGCCCUGCUCCUGCCUGAUACCUGGUGGAUCUGCUUCAGAGCCAUUUGAUAGGCACAGUCAGACCCUUGGCGCUCCUGCUGUUCCCUAUGGCAGAUGGCACCCUUAUCGUGCAAGUCCCUGCUCUAACUGCAGCAGGUGACCAGGGCUGUGUUGUGGUAAGUGGCACUGGACAGAACAUGUCCACUGUGCCAGCCUGCUCUUUGGUUGUAACCACCGCCCCUCAGAAUCACAUCCAUGCUCAGGCGAAAGAACAUUUCUGUGCUGACCUCCCUCCCCUAUCAGACCAGACAUGGGGCCCAUAACAGCCAAAGUGGUCUCACAUCCUGCUGCCCUUCCAGAAGUUUCUUCCAGGAUUAAAAUGUCUGGAUACCUGGGGAAGCGACCACAGCCACACAGGCAGGUGGGCAGCCAUGGUUGUCCCCUCUGGAGUGGAUAUCUCCUGUGGUCACAUCCCUCUGUCCCCAUGAGCAGAUGUCCUGGCCAUACAGGGGAGGGUGCCAUUCUCUGAAUAAGCAUGGUGGUGGUCCACAUUACACAGGACCCUGAUCACAGUGAGAAGCCGCCUGGGCCUCCCCAGGAGCAGUGGUCACAGCUACAUUUCAAUGGCUGAGUCCUCACAGGCUGCUGUCCCCGUGUAUGCGUGCCGUGCGGCCCAUGACUUCAUUUCUCAGGGACUGACUGUUAUCUUUUUUUAAAGAUUUAUUUAUUUAUUUAUUACAAAGUCAGAUAUACACAGAGGAGGAGAGACA